GAACUUGACAGCCAGCACUGACAGAGCCCAGAGCAGGAUUGCCCAAGCCAUGGAGCGAGAGCCGAUGCGCAUAAGGGAGGGCUACUUGGUUAAGAAGGGCAGCAUGUUUAAUACCUGGAAGCCAAUGUGGGUUGUGCUCUUAGAAGAUGGAAUAGAAUUCUACAAGCGGAAGGCUGAUAACAGUCCCAAAGGGAUGAUCCCACUAAAAGGAAGCUCUAUUCACAGCCCAUGCCAAGAUUUUGGCAAAAGAAUGUUUGUCUUCAAGCUCACUGCGGCCAAGCAGCAGGACCACUUUUUUCAAGCUGCCUACCUGGAGGAGAGAGAUGCCUGGGUGCGGGAUAUCAAGAAAGCAAUUCAUCACUUAGAUGGAGGCCAAAGGUUUGCCAGAAAAUCCACAAGGAAGUCCAUCAGAUUGCCUGAAACAAUCAAUCUGAGCGCUUUGUACCUCUCAAUGAAAGAUCCUGAAAAGGGAAUAAAGGAGUUGAAGCUGGAAAAAGAUAAAAGAGUGUUUAAUCACUGCUUUACAGGCACCUGUGUGAUUGACUGGCUGGUGUCCAGCAACUCCGUCCGAAAUCGCAAAGAAGGUCUCCUGCUUGCCUCUUCCCUCUUGAGUGAAGGCUAUCUACAGCCUGCUGGGGACACGUCCAAGGCAGCUGCUGAGGGACUGUCAGACACCCCCUUCCUGGAUCUCAGUGAUGCCUACUAUUACUUUCCAGACAGCGGAUUUUUCUGUGAGGGAUAUUCCAGUGAUGAUGAUGUGGUCCUAAAAGAAGAAUUCAGAGGCACAAUUGUCAAACAAGGAUGUUUGCUGAAACAGGGACAUCGGAGGAAGAACUGGAAAGUGAGAAAGUUCGUUUUAAGAGAUGAUCCUGCAUAUCUUCACUAUUAUGAUCCUGCUGGAGGAGAAGAACCACUGGGAGCAAUUCACUUGAGAGGCUGCGUGGUGACAGCAGUGGAAGAUAUGCCAGACACCAAGAAGUAUGAUGCCGACAAUAUCCUCUUUGAAAUCAUCACAGCAAAUGAAAUCCACUAUUACUUGCAAGCAGCCUCAUCCACAGAACGUACAGAAUGGAUCAAAGCAAUCCAGUCUGUUUCUAGGACUGGUAAAUGAAGAUGAUCUUCCAACAAGACAGAAAAAUUAAAACAGAAUUUAGCAUUUCACCAAGAGAAAGCAGUAUCAUCCCAAAGAGCUUGUGUGUAAGGGUUGAGGACUGGGUGGAAGUUUCAAUUUUAUAGUGGGCACUAGCAAACUAACAUGUUUCCACUUGUGUUAUGGUAAUAUUUUACUAAAUUAUAACAUAGAACAUGCCAUAUUAGUGUGUUGCUUAAUCAGUCUACCUUGACAAGGUUGUACCUGUUGCUACAGCUGAUAGUGGGAAUCUGACCAUUAACAGGGAACACAGUCAUGUCACUGACAGAGAGUUCCUCAGUUAAUCAUUCUCUUCAGCCUGUGAUGUGUUUCAGGAUUUUCAUGUAAUUCAGUCUUCUCCAGACAAUUUUUACACUUUCUUCUUUACCAGAUCUUGUUGCUGCUUGUUCACUUAUACAAAUAAUGCCAUAGAUAUAUGGAAAAGAAGUGAACUCAUUUGGAAACUUGAUCCACUCCUUUCCAAUCUGGCAGCAUUAAGGGAGGGAAGAAUGCAGACAACUAUGGAAACAUCAUGUGGAACCAAGUAGAACUCCAUGACAGCAGUAUGAGGAAAAGUCUCUUCCCACAGUAUUUCAAACACAAAGCAAUCUCACUCCAAACUCCAUAUCACUCAAUCUUAAACCUUGCCAAAUUUCUCCACAAGAAUUUGCCCCGAGACCAUUGUUUCCCUUUAUUUGGGUCUACAAAGCAGAUGCUGGGUUGUUAGGUAUGGCACUCUAUUUGAAUUAAUAAUCUUGCAGGAGAAGGGAAAGGAUGCAUGGGUUGGUUACUUGAACUAUGGAUUGAAGGGGUAUUGAUUAGAUUUUCCUUUUUUAACCUCCAGCAACAUAAACAUACUCAGUCCUUGAUUCUGUGCCUUAGCAAUAUAAGAGAAACCUUGUGCUCUUAACUGAAAUAAAUAUUUUUAUUUGAUAGGGUCAGUUCACCUGAUCAAUUCUUGCAUUUUUGUCUGACUGUAUAUCAAACAAAUUUCUAAGUCUUAAACUCUAAGGAGGAGUUAAAAAUCAAGUUAAUGUCAGAUUGUGCAUGUCGGCUGUUCCUGGUACACACUGAUGUGUGAGUGAAGGAGACUUCAAAAUCUUUAAAACUCUGUUCAUAAAUCUAAUAAGGUACCUUAUACUUAAGAAUUCUUAUUGGGAUCUCUUCCAUCUAAAAAUAAAUGCAGAGCUAAAGCUUCUCUCCAGUUGUGCUUAAUUAUACCUGUAGCUGAGCUAAUGAGCCUGAAACCCGGUUGCCUGUCUUUACUUAUCCCAAAGAAAACACAGCCUUGCAGGAGCAGCAGGCUGAGACACUGCAUCAUCAUGUCCACUUCCUCUGGCCAGCAGAAAUCAGCUUCUGGCAGGCAUUUCCUGUCUCUCACGCAAGCUAUCGGGAUCGUUGAAGUCUGAUGUGUCAUUCUGAGGAAGGAAGACUCAUGGUAAAAAGACCCACUUUUUGCUCAGCCUGCUUUCAUGAUAAUUUCUGCUUAUUUUUGCUUUUAGAGCUCACUAAACCAAAAAUAUCCAAGGGCACAGGAAAAGAGAACAAAAAACCACCCCACACAACCAAAUAACAGAAACUUGUCCAGCUUACUAAAGGAGGGACGUAACUACCAAAAUUUAACAAAAAUUAAAAUGUUUUACCAGUCCAUGACCUUAUAAUUUUAAACUUGUGCCCAGUCCAAUGUAUGGCUGUCUACCUAUAAAUGGUGUUUUCUCACGCAGAGGAUGAUAGUCAGUGUAUUUAUGGGAGAGUUCUUAUGUUUGUACCAUCCUAUACUGGGGUCUGUAAUCGCAUAGCUAGUGCUUCAGAAGACACAUUCCAAGGGUUUGUAGGUGCCUCUGCUUCUUGGCAGCAGUGAGAAGAUCAUGUCCAAGGAAAUUCAGAAUUAAAAAGCAACUACAUUAUCUAUCAGAGAUGAUAAUGCCAGCCCAGUAACUCAGAAGGCAUGGAAGAGGCACAGAUCCUGAAUACUGGUACAAAGAAGAGAGAGACAGCUUUGAGAAAGGAACUACUAAACAAAAGGGAGGAAACAGAAGAGCAGACCUACGUGUGUCAUGCUUCCUCUAACUUUCACCCUCUAACUAUUUAAAUCACACUUCUACCCCACCCUCAGCAAUUACUACAUUAGCAUCGGUUUCUUUUUUUACUUAUAAGAAAGACCUAGUCUAAAGGACAGCAAAAUAAACAAACCAUUGUAGAUAAGGAUUGUAUUUAUUAUCUUCACUUACUGGAUGACUUGUAUAAUAUAACCUCAUAUAAAUAUCCUCUUAAGUUCAUGUUUGUCUUGCCACAACUUGCACUAAGCAAUUUUCCCUCCCCUGGAACACUGCCUAUGUACUUACUACAGUCAGAGUCAGAUUUUUGGGAAUGUUGCCUAACCAUGCACCCAUAAAAACACCCACACAGACACAGCACUCCUGCUUCCAUUUUAAAAUGAAGUUUAAAAGAAAAUGGUAUGAAGCAAACCACAAACACAGAUGCUGAAAAAAUAAUAAUCCCAGCCCAGCAAGCUUUCAGCUUGAGUCAGUGUUAGUACUUAUAAUCCAACAGACAACACAUAGGAAUGUAGUUUGGACUUAAUAUGUCUCUAGCAUUUUUUUCAAAGAGCUGUUUACUUUCCCUGCCCCACAGCUUUCUUCUGAAGGGUUAGGUGAUAGAACUUUCUUGAUGAGUGUAGUUAUUUUGGUGCUUUUCUUUGCAGUGUGCUGUCUUUGCUUUUUAUUUGAAAGAACAGUUAACAGAAAAUGUGAAAUGUCUACUGAAAAUGUGUUUUAGUAAUAGAACUAACUAGUUUACUUCAUAAUAUUUAAUCAAAGUUGUUUCAUAAAGACAAAAAAAACCUCAUUAAGGCCUCUGAGGCAUCUAACGUUUACUGUCAAACCUCUCUUAUAGAAAAGUUUUAUUUUUCAUAUCUUCUCACAAUAUUACAUAGAACUCUUCAAUGCAGUAGUACCUCUUCUGUCUUUGGCUUGGAGUUCACUUUACUAUAAACAUUAAAUACCUAUUUUUCCCCCCUAAAUUUUCUCAAAUAUUUGAGAAGUUAAGUUCAAACUACUUGCUUCACAGGGCUUUUGAUAAGUGCUUUUCACUGUUUGAAGUGCUCCUCCAUUUGUUCUGAGCUCAAGCUUGGGCAAAACUGAAAUCCAGAAAAAAAUUCCCUAAAUAAUCUUUUUGGUGAGGGCCAGAAACAUUUAAGUAGGGUGGGAGUUUUUGGGGGAGGGCAGGGGGGUGGGAAUGGGUUUGGUUUUUUGGUUGUUCUUUCUCUCUUUGUAUCUUUUAAAACUGUAAGAGACUACAGGAGGAAUUUGAAAAGGGAAAAUACGUAGGUAAGAGUCCUCUGCAGGUUGUUGGUAUUUCUGUGGGUGCCUUCAGUUUGUGUUUUGAAAAGUGUAGAUAACUUUUGUUUGAGUUGUGAUCUUCUCGUUGAUGUAUAGAACUUUUUCUAUGCUCAAGGUGAACUCUGACUGAAAACAAAGUUCUUCUUUUGUUGUUACUCAUCAGACUUCUUGAAAUAGAACUUCUUUAUUUGGCUUCAAAAUAAGCUUGGGAGGGGGGUUUUGAUUAGAACAUAGCACUUCCUGCUUUGCAUUUAGAACCAAAACUGUGGCUUUCCAUACUUUGUUUCUGGUUCUUGUAGAUUGCUUAUUUUUUUUUCCUUCCAGUGCAGUAAAAAGGAGACUUAAACUGUAUAAAGAGUGAAUAAAAUGCUGCUUUUCAUGCUUCA